UUAGAAACAGAUCGGCAGUGCACGCUGCAACAUCGGCUCCAAAUUCAUGACAUGGAAACAAAAAUCAUCUACUUCACAGUGAAUGGGAGACCAGAGCAGGCUGAGUUCCCAGUGGAUUGCCCUGCCCAGGAUGUUAAAGAUCUUUUCCGCUCUGCAGCCGAGGCCGGACCCCAUGACAUUCUGAAGCUGUACAACCCCAAGGGCAACAUCAUCAACAUCUCCCCAGGUUUAGAGCCCAACAGCCCAAACUCCUGCUACAAACUGGAGGUGGUGGCCGCUGACUGCAACAGUGAGCCGUUAGGUGCAGAGCUUGCUGGUGCACUUGGAUUUGACCUCUCAUCCAUGGAGAAAAGACUGCAGAGCCUGGAGAAGAAAAUCCUGAUAGAGGCUGGCGAGACUCCGGCAGUCGUGUAUGAGAUGAAAAAACAGGUGGAUUCAUUCCGGGAAAAACUAGAGAGUGUGGAGCAUCUGAGCUGGCUUGGAUUGUUUAAAGACCUCUCAGAAGGAACACACAAGCCAUCCCCAUUCUACCACAAGAGGACCCUGCGAAAAACCAGGGAUGAGUGUGAGCACGUUCGAGAAAAGUUUCUUCAAAUGAGUUCUCUGGAGGUAUCAGAAGAAGUGAAGCAGUACUUAAAGACCCCAACCUUUGAUAACUGGCAGUGGGAGGAUGCAGAGAUCAUGGUGCUCCUGCAGGUCAUGUACACAGAUUUAGAUUUCAUAGCAACUUUCAACAUUGAGCCCGAAGUACUGCAACAGUUCCUGUUCGAAGUCUACCGGAGAUACAACAACAUCCCCUUUCACAACUUCAAACACUGCUUCUGUGUUACCCAGAUGAUAAAUGCUCGGACUGAACUUGCUCUUCGCUACAAUGAUAUCUCUCCACUAGAGAACCAUCACUGUGCCGUAGCUUUUGAGAUACUGGAGAAGACAGAGAGCAACAUCUUCAGAAACUUGUCCAUGGAUCAAUACAAACGGAUAAGAGAGGGAAUCAUCAAAUGCAUUCUGGCCACUGACAUGACGAGGCACAAUGAGAUUCUCAAUAAGUUCAAGUCCAUCCUGCCUGCCUUCGACUUCACCAACAAGGACCACAAAGAUGUGCUGAUGAUGAUCCUGAUCAAAGUGAGUGACAUUUCCAAUGAGGCACGGCCCAUGGAGGUGGCUGAGCCCUGGCUGGACUGUCUUCUACAGGAAUUCUACAACCAGAGUGAUGUGGAGAAGCUAGAGGGUCUUCCAGUCACCCCCUUCAUGGAUCGGGACAAAGUAACAAAACCUUCAUCUCAAACAGGCUUCAUCAGAUUUGUCCUUCUGCCUCUCUUCAUCGAAUUAGCCAACCUCUUCCCCUGCCUGGAGCAACACAUUAUUGACCCGGUGAGGAAGGCUCUCGACUACUACACAGAGAUGGAGAAAGCCCUGGAGAGGGAGAAACAGAACCGAGCUCAGAGUGAGAACACAACCAAGAGCAAGGACACCAGUGUGGGCACACAGGGCACAGCUGACAGCCACACAGAGACUGAGCCUGAAGCCUCGAAACCAGACACACAGUGAACUACGAUGGACGACACAUUUAAGAACUGAACACGCUUUGGUCAUCUCAUCUAAAGAUUGUACCUCUCCAUACUGACUUAAAUGAAUUUAAACCAUCUAAAUUUGGACUUUUGUUGAUUUACUGGGCUAAACAUGAGUACUGUAUGCUGUUCUAAGCAGUUUGUGCUGUAGUUUUGAUGUAUGCAGUAUUAAAUGGAAUCUGAUGAAAUGGAAUCUAACUUUUACUUUAUGUUCCCACUGAACAUUCCAGUACAAUUUCUCAACAGUAAUUGUAUUUUAAAAGAAUAUUUCCACAGUACAGUGCAGAACAUAUUAAAUGUACAUUUCAUAACUGAGAAAAUAUUUU